CGCAGCGUUCCUGGCAGAGCAUGCGAAAGAUACGACGAUACGAGUACAAUUUUUAAGCUGAAACAUAUAGAUAAUAUUUUGAAUGGGAAACAAAAAUAGCUGACAAAAGUCGAGCAGAAAUGGAAAAUCUUGAAAAUGUAGAUGUUACAGACAGUGAAGAUGUAAUGAAACCAACAGUUCGAAAAAGAGGAAUCGUAUACUUAUCCAGCAUACCAAAAUACAUGAACAUCACGAAAAUUCGAGAAAUUUUCUCCGAGUACGGUCAGGUUGGAAGAGUAUACUUACAAUUGGCAGAGAAUGACUUCGAUCAGAAUGGUAAGAUAAAGAAACGUAAGAAAGUUUGUGCAAAAUCCUUCACCGAAGGUUGGAUCGAAUUUGAAAGGAAAAAGGUUGCCAAACAUGUUGCGACGUUGUUAAACAAUAAGCAAAUUUCAACUAGAAAAAGGAGCAAAUUUUACGAUGUUAUUUGGAAUAUAAAAUACUUGCCGAGAUUCAAAUGGGUUCACCUGAGCGAACGUUUGGCAUACGAGCGGGCAGUAAGAAAACAGAGGCUACGAACAGAGAUAGCGCAAGCCAAACGAGAAGCCAAUUUCUUCUCUCAGAAUGUCGAUAUAAGCAAGAAGUUACGUAGGAAACAGCAACAAGGCGAAAGCAGUACGUUCGUGCCGCCCACGAUCAAACAAAGGGAGACGGACGCUGAAAUUAGGAGUAGAAAAGAAAAUGAAACAACGACAGACAGAACCGACUUUUUGAAAUCUUUGUUCGGAUAACGAAUCACGAUGUUUGUUUACCGUUUUAUUCUGUGAUACAAUCCCGUUAUUUCUUUUUACACAAUAGAUUACGAAAUAAAGUAUAUUAUACUUGUAGAAAAGAA